AAAUCCUGUUCCGUCCGACUGUUUCGUUCCAAAUGUGUUAAAAAGGGGAAAAAUUGGAACUUUCGUUCCCGAGAAAGCAAAGCAACACCUGCAGAGAGAGGAUGGCGAUUUCUUCUUCUCCGUUCUCCUUCUUCUUCUCUUCUUGGAAUUGGAACCCUACGGCUGCCUCCUUCAACUUCUCCGUCGCCGAUCACAUUUGACUUCGGCAGCAACCGGCGAUCGUUACCGGCAAAUCUUCAUCUCAGGUUCAAUAUCCCCCAGCCCCCUUCCUCUUCUCCGCCUCUGUUCCAACAAAUUGCAGCGGUGGACACUUUCUUCUUCCACCUCCUGUUUCUUCUCCGUCUCCGUUCUUCCAGCGGCGGGAACAUUUCUUCUUCCAGAUUCCAACGUUAGAGCUUCAAAUCAGAUUAUCAGGUAUACAUACGUUUUCCUCUUUAGCCCUGUGAAAUCGAUCAUAGAGGGAAGACAGGUAAUUUCCCCAAAUUUCUUCUUGUCUUCUAUUGUAUGAAUGGAAGCAAUCCUUAUAUGAUCACAAGCUCUGUAUGAAGUAAAAUGGAAACGAGAGGAAGGGGACGAAUGAUUUUUUUUGUUCUCUCUCGAUACCCAUCUUCAUGAUAUUGGUAUGCUGCUCUCAUUGAAUCAAUUAAGAGACAAUUUUCUCUUAAACAUCUCAUUGUUUAAUUAAUCACUUAAAUCUCGCUACCCAUCUUAUUUUUUUCUUUAAUUGUGAUCAAGAAGGUUCACAAACGAAGUGGGUUGUCUGUUAAAAUGCAGUCGAAAAAACUGCAAACCAGGUGUUCGAUGUUAUGACUCAGAAAAAAUUGUGGUUUCUUCUGUUAUCUUGAAACUAAGAUCGAUGUGGGUCUUAGCUACUUCAAAUUGAUGAUGCUUAAGCUGCGCUACAAUGUACCUAAAGUGGAGCACCAUUGAUUGCUUACUAGUUAUUGCUCACUACCUUUAUCUUGUGUUCUAAAUGUGAACAGGGGGAGAGGGGGGAUGCAAAGAAAUCAAUCCAACGUCACUCUGCUCUAGAGAAAAAAGAAUAGCUGUUAUGUCUGGAAGUAGUAUCACUGCCGUUAAGUGGUUAGAACUUGAGACCACUGUUUUCAUUGAGGCAAUGAAAGAAGCUGUAAAAAAUGGACACAAAUCCGGUAAUUCAUUUGACAAGACUGGAUGGGAGGACAUUACAAAGCAAUUUCAGAAGUCUUUAAAUCAUACAGUUGGGAGAGAACAAUUAUGCAACAAGAUGAACAAGUUGAGACACGAGUACCAACAAUUUAAGAGACUACUUGACACAACUGGAUUUAGGUGGAACUCAAUGACAAAAUCAGUCACAGUUGAUGAUGAGUCUGUAUGGGAUAGGGCAAUACAGGCAAAUCCAGGUUGGUUGAAAUACAAGAAGUAUGGACUAAGCAACUGGCCAGAUUUGAGCAUGAUAUAUGGGGAUGCCUAUGCUAGAGGAAACUUAGGGGUUGAUAGUGCUCAAGAUUUGGAUCACUUCGAAGCUGAUAAUUGUGUUGAUAUUGAGCAAGUCUUUGAAUCUCCUACUACCCCGGUGCAUUUGGGCAUGACUGACCCCUUCCAUGAGGAUACUCCUACUCCAACUCAGACCACCACAAAGCGAAGUCUUGAUAGGACACCCACGGGACGAAGAAAAAAGAGUGCCAAUAAAGAAGAUAACCACGUGAAGGACUUGUAUAGGAAGUAUUUAUCCAUUAAAAUUGAGAAAGCAUCCAGUACUUCUGUUACAUCUCCUGUUUGUGGUGGGGAAGGUGCAUCUCGUCCUCGAGAUUUCAGUGUGAGUGCAUGUGAAGCCGUAUUAUCCUCCAUACCGGAUAUGUCAAAGGACAUUUACUUGAAGGCCACCAGUCGUAUGUGUGUUGAUCCUAGUUGGAGGGAGUUAUUUAUCUGUGCAAAGCCUGUGAAGAGGACUUGGCUUUUAGAUGCUUUGGAGUAGUUUGUCUGAUUCUACUGUUGGGAUUAAUUUUGAUGGUUGUGUUUGAAUACUACUUUUGAUAAUUUUGGAUUCAGGACAAUACUUUCGACGAUGGCUACUUAUGUUUUAUUUUUAAAGUUUUUUUUUUUAUUGAUGUAUGUAAUGUUGAACAUGUGUUUUGGGUAUGCUAGUCAAUAUGUCAGAUUGUUAUGUUUUAUA